AUGGCGCAGAACGGGGGCGGGAAUGGAGUCGGAGCCAGGGGCCGAACGAAACUUGAGAUGGGAGAGCAGAGAGGUGACUUCAGAAGGCGUGGCAAGCGGGAAGGGCAGGACAUCAGGGAGGAGGGGGAGAGUGACGUGACGGGACAAGGGGUAAGGAGCAUCAUCAUCGUCCGAGGACUCCGACGAAAAGGUGGGGUGGGGGGCGGAGGCGAAGGUGGUGGCGAGGUAGGCGGCGACCGCCUCGGUCCGCUCCGAAGCCGUCUCCGCCACCCCGACAGGAAGAGUGAGGGGAGGGAUGGAGGUGGGGACGGAACGAAGGCGACGGACGUAAGACCACAGAGAGCCAGAGGUAGCGGUGAGGGAGCCGAGGCGCCGCGCCUCCAGUCGGGCCCUCCACCCCGCGAUCAACCGGCGGCACCACCCCCGGAGCACCAGGUAAACCCGGCGAUGCAGCGGGGAGCGGCUCGCCUGCCAGCGACCACGGAAGCGGUUGCGCAAGGACACGGCGUCACGGAGAUACGGCGGGAAGGGGACAAUGAGAGGGCGCGGAGGCGCGAGCGGAAUAGGAUGAGGGGAGGUGAGCAAGAGGUGGUGCCCGGGAAGAGGAGGAAGGCGGGUCGUGGCCCUGCCAAGCAGGAGUCCGCAGGGCCGGGAAAGUCCGAACGUCAGAAGGGAGCGGAGCAGACGGGCGCGGAGCGUCGGUCGUCAUCGUCGGGUCAGCAGGCCGCGGCGGGUGUCGUCGGAUGUAUGCCUGUAUGA